AGAUUUUUCCCGCGCAAAACCCUCUGCACAACAACAACAAAAACAAAACUAGUUCACUUCAUUUCCACAGUUCUAAACUUAACAGUUCUUUACUAAAAUUUGGUGUUGACGAAAAUUAUAUUUUCCGUAUUCCGUUGGUUGUACAAACAUGACUUUCAAUGGUUUUGGUACACAAACAGCUUGGCCUGACGGCACAGGCUUUGGUGGCGAAGGACAAAUUUCGAACGGACGAAUUUCAAUUUGUGACUUGUCUCAAGGAAUGAACCAAUGCGUAGGUAUUUUAACAGCGCCAGACAAAACGAGAAGUCGAGAUUCAAUUAAUUUUUAACUGUUCUUUCCAUUUUUUCAUUGCAGAACCUGGUGGGACUCGUAAUGGCCAAGCAGCCAGUUCACUCAUUUCCUGACAGAAAAAGUGCGAAUAAAGCUUUUUAAAUUGUACUUUCAGUUUUCGAUUUAAGUGGGUUAUAACACACUUCUUAACCUUUUAUUCACUUCUUUUUCUCGUAUUCACAUAUUACAGACCCAGGAAGGGAAAAAUAUCACUUCUUUUUCACUCUGAGGGAUUCGCCUGCAGACUUCAUCAAUGUAAACUGCUGGGGAACCGAAAAUUAUAUUGAAAAUCUCUCUAAAUCAUUCAGGAUCAACGAUAUCGGUAAGCUUGAGAAAGAUAGUAUCGACGAUUAUUUAGUCAAUUAGUGAGCCUACUUCAGCUUAAGUUGAGUGUUUCCCUGAGAUACAUUCAUCUGUUUCUCAUUUUCCUCAGAAAAAAAAAAUUCGAGGAAGCUAGAGAACUGAAACUCUGACUUUUUUAUGAUUUUAAUUUGUCACAGUGGAGGUGAGAAACCCACAAAUCCAAAACAAACAAAGCAGUGAAGCGGAGGAAAAAUGGAGGCCAUGGACACCCAGGUAACGAGGAUUUACUUUUUUUAUCACCUUAAACUGCUGACCGUUCUGUAUGACGUACAGACUAGGCCUUGUUACUAAUCGAUGCAUCAGUCAAUUCCAGCUGCGCCCAGCCCCCCCCCCGGGCUACUGCGGGGCAUUUGCCCGCCUCGUCAGUCCCGGGGGUGGGGCAUUUGAAAAUUUUGUGCUGUCCGUAGGCCGGGCAUUUGCCAACCCCGGGGCCAUUCCUGAGCUUUUGACACGCACGCGGUUUCCUAUCAGAAAAUAACUACACAGAGGAAAGAAAGCAGAUUGACUCAUCUGUCAAGGACAGGAAAAAUUGAGUGGUUUGUAAAGGCAUGUUCUUGAUUUUAUGCAUGCAUUUCUUCAUUACUUAUCGAGCCAGAAUUACAUAGCGAAAUCGGGAGCUCUCGACGUGAAUCGACGUUUUUUGGUUAUUGAAUCAAAUUAUUUGAAAAACAUCCUUUCAUAUUUAUAAAACUAUUCAUAACAUAUAAACUUGACAGCGCUCUAUUAUUUUAAUGUCAAUAAUUUUACAUUAAUACUAAAAUCAUUAAUACUAAAAUUAUAAACUGGUGCAUGUCGUUGCGGCGUGAAGUCUUAAUUAGAAUCAUAGCGCUAUUACAAAGGAAGACGUUAAUUGAAACAAAAAAUUGCACAUUAAAAUGCUUAAAACGGCACUAUUCGACUGUGCGAUCAAUGAAAAAUGUUGUAGUGUUUACGGAGGACGGGGCAUUUGCCCUCUUUUUUCGUCCCCACCCCGGGGGAUUUGACAGCUCAAGAGUCCCCAACCCCGGGAAUUUGCCAUCCAAGGCAAAAAAAAUGCUAAUGCCCAGGGGUCAGCCCGGGGGGGGGGGCGCUGGGCGCAGCUGGAAUUGACUGUUGCAUAAGUCUUGUUUACCUGCAAAACAUUUCGCACGAUUCUUCCCAGGUUACGUUUAACAAAAAUUUGGCAUUGCACUUUACUCAUCAGAAUUUGCCGAAGAACUAAACUAAAAGCUAUCACUGGAGAGGGUCGCAUAUUAGAGACCUACAUGUAAGAGCAUUCAUUUAGAGAAAGUAGAAAAAAGGCAGAAAUACACAGAAAGAAGCUACUCUCUCUAGUGCUAAAUCUUUGGGGUGAGAGUAGAUUGACAGCUUCUCCGAAUGACCCCUUCUUUUUUACUAAUAUACUUUCUAAAGUUAUAUGCCCUUAAUAGAAGAUUCAGCUAACUUCUAGCUGCAGUAUCACUAUUUGUGAGACCAUGUCUAAUCUAUCAAUCAAGGACUAUCGGUAUCCUUAUUGCAGUAAACAAGUCGUGAGUAAGUCUCUGUUCAUUACUUUCAGUCCAUAUGAAUUACAUGUCAGUGAGACACAUUCCUCCGUGAGCUUGUUCAGUGGCUGGGAUACAAGUGUAUUUGACCGCAUUUCUCACAUACCAGUCAAGACCAGUAAUGACUUCUACACACUGGGAGACAUCAUAGCCAAUGAUCAAAAUUUACAUGGAGAACAUGUUAAUAUUCAAGCUGUUGUCAAGAGUGUAAGUAUGUACGUACGCAUCGACGAACAUUUCGAGCAUUUUUACACUGCUAGUGUAACCCCUGUGUAUUCUGACUAGUUUUAUUCCCAAAAAACUUAAGGAUUUAGGUAGCCCAUGUUGCUCCAUGUUAGGCGGGUCAAGUGGUGGGAGGGUGGAGGGGUUAAACGAAAAUGGGGAAAACGAGCUUAAAACGAGCGGUCCUCUCCCUCAUUUUUCCCUUUUCUUGUUUUUUUCUCUUUUUUUCCAACUCGCCACUUCCUCUCGCCUUCCUUGAACAAAAGUGAUCUCACAUCCAAGACAAACACCAGCUUUGUUUUUGGAACAUAUCUUAUUGUCACAGUUUUCCUGGACAGGUCAGAGUAUUACACCAGAUUAUUACAAAAGUUAUCCUGCAAAAGGCAAAAGAGUUUUGGAGUAACGUAAAAAUCUUUUACAAUGGAUAAACUUUUUUUGUAGGUUGGAUUGCCAAAAGAUAUUAUAACAAAGACAGGAAAACAUGUUAAGAGAUGUGAAGUGUUGCUUUUCGAUGAAACUUGCAUGUCUUUUCCAUUGGUCAUGUAAGUACUCAGUCUCAUUUAGCUACCAUUAAUUGAUUCACAAUGAAUUGGAAUGUUACACAAAAAAUUCUCUUUGGUAUAAUUGUCACCGGUUUUUUUUAGGUGGGACGAGGAGUCAAUUGAACUUGCUCAAACCUGGAUGCCUAAGGAUAUGAGUAAGUUUUCACUAAAUCCUCAAUUUUUGCUCGGUUGUUCAUAUCAGUUUUGGAUUACUCUUUUAAUUUUUUCUUCCUUUAGUUCUUUUUAUUGCAGAUGUCAAGGCGACUUUUGAUGACUUUAAAAAGUGUAUGAUUGCUACUUGUGAUCACAAAACAAUAAUUACCGGUAAUCCAGGUACAACGGGAUACCACUUGUUUGAUUUCUGCUCCCUUGCACUCAUGCAAGUUUCGAUCAACGUUAUUACUUUUUGUAUCUCUCAAAUGAAUCUUGAACAAACAGUCCAACCUCCCGUAAGCGACUACCCAAAAUGCAAAGAUUUAGUGGUUGCUUACGAGAAUCGAACCGCAAGAAUUUUCUCUAUGAUAGGUCCCAACACAGAUAAGAAAAUUUAGUGCAUGAAAUUCCUAGGUCGCGAUCAGUGUAGUUACAAGUUGUCACUGAAAGCAUACAGCAAACACUGACUAUUUCCAGCGGGGUUAUGUGGUCCGGGGUGAGUAACUUUGUUUGUCUCCGCUACGUCAUCACUAAACCACAAAGCGUUGACUGAGAAGGCCUGGGAAGACCCCAUACACGGCAACAGCCAACAUAGAAAUUAGACCAUGCGUCAAGCAGGUUAGAGACUGGGAUUUACAACCCCGUCAUUCCCAAAAGCGGUCACGGUCGCCUAAGAGAGAGGUGGUCGUUUCCAAAGGUUCUAGCUCUAGUAGGGCUUUGACUGAGAAAGUUUUUGGUGUUUUAUGUCAGUGGUUGCUUAUGGGAAAAGGUCGAUCGCUUAUUCGAGAGGUGGUCCCAAAUGGAGGUUGGACUGUAUUUAUUGACGGGGACUGUUUUUUGAAAUUAUCAGUUGUAUAUGCAUAUAUCAUUAUAUGUUGAUUAUUUGUUAUUUUCAGACACAAUGGAGGCCCGUUACCUUUACAACUACGCGCAGUCUUUGGAACUAUUAGACGAUGAUCCUUUAAACAAUCCGGAAUCAUCUCUGAUGGAUAGCUGUUAGUAUCAUACCUUCUCACUAGUAUUUUACAGUACCUAUUAAUAAUAGCGAAUGAGUUAUAUUAUAGGUGCCGAUUUUUCCACACUAUCAGUGGCAAGAGAGUAUAAGACAUGGUCAUGGGUGGUAACUAGAAAGGGAUCUUUACUCGAACUGAGGAGUAAGAGUACUUGUUUUCUAUGAACUUCUUACUUGGUUUAUUUUAUCCCUAGGGAGUUAUGUGUGCUGAUCUGCAUUUCUACCCAUGUGACCGAGUUUCAGGUUUGGGGAGAUACCAGCUCAAACCGGCUUCACAAGUCUUACCCAUUUUAGAAUAUCUCAUUUGGCUUUAGAAAGAAAAAGAAGGGCGAUAUGAAGCCGUCAGAAGUUGUCAAGAAGAAAAAAAUGUUCUGUUCUCAGGCUGGUGUGGUCUCAAACAGUAGUGCUGAGAGAUUAGCGAAUCCAAACUCUGCUUUUGUCACAGGAACAGUCAAUUUUUGUUUGGACGAGAUAACAGGGCAUGAAAGUUCUGUUACCCCACGUAUUUUUUCUCUGCGUUUUUUGGACUAGUGGCUUGGCCUCGUGGGCAAGUGAUUUAUUUGGAUCAUUCUCGACAGCUUAAAACAGUAGCGGAAUAUAAUAUACAACACCUUUUGUAUUCCACUGCACCAAAAUUACCCUAUUUUAGUUGCUGUGUCACUAAAUAACGCAAUUUGAUUAAAAUAGCUCAUUUCUAAGAGUCCUUCUUACGAACGCCUUCUUUAACACUUAAAAAUUAUGUAAAAAGCUUUGUUGCCUUUUGCGUAAGAAGUCUUGCAUAAGGUUUGUGUAAGAUACUUACAGAGCGCGUAAGAGUGCUUACACAAGCAUUGUGUAAGAUACUUACAGAGGGCUUGUGUAAGAGUCCCCAAAGCCUAGUGUCCAAGAAAGUUAGUGUCGAGCACUCAUCCUCUUAUACCAAUAAGUGAGUGGUAGCACAGCCUCCUAUAUAUGACUGCCAUGCCAUACCUGGGUAAUAUAAUGUGCACAGGCAGAAACUGAACAAUGACCAGCACUGGCCGGAUCGAGGAGGAAGGAGGUUCAAAAACUGCUAGAAGAAAAGCUCUAACAUGAACACUAUUCCCCUUCCUAGUCUAAAGUUUCAUUUUCCUAGUUUUCUAGGGGUAGUGCUCCUCGUCGUUGUCUGGAAAAGGGUGUCUUCUUUGACUAGUGAUAACUCAAAAGGAAAGAAAAAAUGAAGAAGGAAAGAAAAAUGCUAUCAUGGCAGAGAUGCUGUGUUCACUGGUAGCCGAAUCUUUUAGAAUACUUGCGUAUCUUGCAGUGGAGUUUGUGGCUGUUUGCUUGCACGUCGUUUUUAGACUUAAUUCCAGUACUGAUCUCGAGUGCUUUUUACGCAGGAUGAGGUAGUCAACCUGCGUCUAUAUUUCGUCCGAUUGUAUUUUCAAACCGAAGUCACAAAUUGGCAUGUUUGUUAAACUUUCCCGCGGACGUCCCGAAAAAUUGAGCGGAUUUUACAGAGUGCAUUUUCGAAUCACGUGCAAGUCAGGUUGGGUUGAACAUAAACCGAUAAAAGAUACUUCGCAGAAGCCAAAGUACAAGUCAAAUUAAUAUGAUUGUUUUUUUGCUUCGGGUUGAAGUUGUUUCUUGAACCGUGAAUAGCUGAAUAAAGUGUGAUUUGUAAACUGUUUAAUUUGCCACCGAACCAACGAGUUAACAGUGCUCGAAGUAACUUGCUCACCAUAAUUAAUCGAAUCAACGCGUUCAUGUAUAAUCGAACCCGUGAGCUCACUUGCCAAACACUGAUUAUUGAAAUAAGAAAUAAAUAUUAAGGCGAUUGUUAGCGUGAAAUGACGAUACUCUUGAAUUCAUCUCACGUCGGGUCAAAUCAGUUGUUUACAGUUGGUUUUCAGAGUAAGACGAUACACACUGUUAAGUCACAGAGCACGCUUCUUUCUAUCGAUCAUCACUAUGUUGCUUUUACUGUGUGCAAUAUGCUUUUACUGUGUAUGAUAUGUGGUGACAUUAGGUAACCAAAAUAUAAAUAUCGGCUUUUGAUAAAGUUUCUAUUCGAUGGGCGUACGAUUAUUAACGUUCCGCUUCACCCCGCGUAAACGUCUUCAGGCGUCUUUGUGUUAGGUUGACUGCCCCUGAUUCUAGUGCAGUGACUUUAUGGAAUAUGUCUGAGUCAUUUAAAUUUAGAAAAGGUACAGACUUUGCAAUAUUUCCAAUGCGUCACUGAAACCUCUGACUAACCGUGUCCAAGCAGCAGUUCCAAGCUGAAUUCAGGCUCAAAAUUCUUGAACUAUAGUGAGGUUGUGCGGCAGGGGGUAGCGAAAAUUCCUCCGAUAAGAUUGUUCAGUCACUUUUCAUUUCUUCUAUAUAUCGAGGAUCUUAAAGGUGAAUUGAAUUUCCAUGUUUUAUUUUCAGUGGAGAAUGUAACGGAGGUGUACAACGUACAGCAACUCAAACAACUGACGUCCGAAGCAGAGAACAGUUUGCAAUCGUCUCCAACAAUGGGCAUUGUCUAUGCUUUCGUUACCUCAUUUGACAUCGACAGAGAUGAAAAACCGAUUGUUACCUCUCGCUGGUGGGUUGGUUUAAAAUCUUCCGUUCAUUACGGGAAAUUAACUGUUUUCACAGGUGUAGGGUAUAGCAGCUCCACACCACGCAGCAAUAAACUGAAUGCCCAAUAAUAAUGCUCAUAAUUGCAAUGAUAUUACGCUGUCUGUGUCGUCAAAACAAGAGUACAAUACUUAGUCUUGAGGAUAAUCCUCGUAAAGAGAAGUUUAUGAUUUCUAGGGAAAUAUCUUUCCUAGUUUUCCUUUGUCGGCUGAAUUUAAACAUGUUGGCUUUGAAUAAAACACCCCGAUAACCCUACUUAAUCUGGCAGUAUAGCUAUUCAUCAUGAUGACGAUUCUUUGUCUCAAGUGGUCGAUAUCAUGGAAUCAGAGAAGGUUCUCUUUCAACUACGAUCCCAGUUGUUUUUAGGGCUAAAAGAAGAAGGAGAAAAAGAAAUAAUGAGUCUGCGCCGAGUCUGUAUUGAACCAGUAUUAAAGUUUUUCAAGAAAGACUCAACAACUUAGAGUCGUCUUUUCUUUGGGAUGUAUCUUACUGUUUUUAAAAGCACAGUAUUGAAAUUUUUCAAUGAUUUCUUCUUCAGCGCUGCUUGUAACCAGAGAGUGGUUCUUCUCAGUGAUACUUGCUUAAACCCAGCGUGUACCAGAGUUACAGCAAACCCUGGAGGGGGUAGUUCAACAGUCAAAACACAGUUCGAAUUGGGAAUCUCUCUGUCUGACCACGCGGGAACAAUAAGCAAUUGUAGACUCACGGAGCCGUGCGCAGAGAGCAUGUGUGGAUGUAAAGUAAGGGCGGCUUCGAUAAAAGAAUGUUUAUCAAUUUCAUAUUAUUACUGGUCUUUAUAUACAUUUUGUUUUCAUUCCCAACAUUUUUAGUACAAACAGCGAAGAUCAGCUGAAAUAGUGAGAUUUAACAGUACCUUGAAACUUUUAACGGUUAAUGCUGCAUUUUUGACGGUUACCUUUUUCGACGGCUAAAGGUUAACUGAAAUUAGCUUAUUAUUCAUUCAAAAUAUUUCCCCGAUUCUGAUUGGCUAAAAGCACACGUUUAAUUCACCAUAACCAGUGAUUGAUGACCAAAUUUGGAAGAAUUUUGACUUUAACGAGGAAAUGACGUCAAAAGUGCAGCGUUUUCGCAGGUUAAGGCACCGUUAACCGAGAAGACCUGGGGACGAGGUUGAGUUGUUUUGGUUGUGAACUUGAAAAAAUGGCGGACAUUUCACUCGUUUCAAGAGUAAGAACUAGGCGAAAAAAUAGCUAAAAACAUGGCAAGAACAGCAAGAAGACAACUCGAAGGGCGACAUCUGCUAUUUGGAGAAUAUCUGCGGAGCUGGACAAACCUAAACGUACACUAUCGAAGAUGAACUGAACAUCGAUGGAUCGAUGGAGGUAAGCAUGUUUUAGCUAUGAAUGAAAAAUAAAACAGAUAUUGAAUUCGGCAUCCGUCGAGGCCGUAUAGGCCGAGGCGGGUAACACCCUCCUCGAUCUGCAUAAUUCUUCAUAAGAUACUCAGCCUCAUUCAUUAACUGUUAAUUAAAUUUUAGGCCGUUUGACGGCUGACGGUUAACCCCAUUGAGACCCUCUAUUAUUAAAAACUCUUAUAGGAAACGAUCAAGGUAGGCAUAUGAUGGCCCCAAGAAAAACUGAGAGUUUUUGUUCUGGCGAUGAAAUUCACAAUACUAAAGAGAGUAGGGUUCUGGUUACAUCAUGAUCUCGAACCGGCCUUUCGCGAUCCAUAACUAACUUUCCCCAGUUCCCCUGGUAAUCGAUCCUCCUUGGAAAAGAUCGAUUUCACUACGAAAAAAUAAACGGCUAUAAAUAAACUUUUAAAGGAACUUGAUAGCCGCCGGACUUGUGCUAUUUCGGUAAUUGAUUUGCGUUGCUCCUUUAUUCAAGGCAACGGAUAUGGCUCACUGGAAUAUAACGCAAUUAACAGAGUUAAAAGUGCAAUUUUUGCUGGAAAAAUGCAAAGUUUACUUCAAGGUAAAGUAUUUGUCACGAGUUUCUAUCUCAGUUUUCUGGUUCCCAGCUCAUGUUUACAUAAUCUUGUUCUGUGCAUUUGUGCUUGUCUUCAAUCCCCCCACCUCUUUACCCCACAUGCCCCAACCUAUCUGACCUAUCAGCAACUUCCGAAAAGACCCUUCUUUCGACAGGAUUUCUGUUUGUGAAAGAUUGCCAAAUAUUAAAUUUUCUUUUUCUCUCUCUUUUCUUUGAAAUCCUGACUCUUUUUCACAACUUGAGGCAAGCACUAGUACAAGGAUUUUAUUUUUUACACAUGCCAUAAGCAAAAGCACAAAAGAUGACACUUGAAGCUGUAGAAGUGAGAAAUUCAGGGUUCGUGCCGUGAGUUGCUUGUUCGGGAGAGCACGUCUAACAUCAACAUAAUCACAACUACAAGACAAACGGUUUCUGUAGUCUUUUUCUCAUAUUGAUGUCGCCGCAGUCCUCACUGCAGCGCAAAUAUAUAUAACUUAAUCAUUCGCUUUCUGUGAUUUGUGCUUGUGUCGCUGUAGUACUGGGCUAAUGCUGUAUAAAAUUAUACUCGUUUCUCAAGUGAGCCUGGUCAAUUAUGAAGAAGAUCAUUAACUUCACAAAACAAUAACCCUCAAGAGCGUCAAGUGUGUUUGACCCUGCUCUCGAAGCAAUGACAACCUCAAAAUUGGCUUAAUCCCCAAAGGCGUUUUACUGAGACCGUUCCAGCUAAUUAUAUAUUCCUUGUUUUCUUAAGGUGGCGACUUCUAAUCGUCUCCCCAGCUCUGCGAAGAAAUGGAUAAGAUUGUUGUCAUGCACUUUGGCUGACUCAAGAGAAGCUGCUGAAUCGUUGCAGUUCAGAAAUUGAGAUUCGCGAGUCGCUUGCUUGAUUCAUUAAGGUCAUUUGCAAAAAAAAGCAAGAAGAAUUUUCAGCAUUCUUAUUGUUUGCUGUGUGAAAAUAGGCACGAAAUUCCACUUCAGCCUCCGGCUAAGUUCUCAGACCUGUGGCCAAUCAUUUGACGGUCAAUACAGUACGCUGACGUAUUUUUUCGACCGCUUGCCGGAAUGGUCAGUUUUUCAUUGUUAGUAUUUUGCCACAGGCUUGAAAUCAGUUGAUUCACUCAUUUUUAAAUCAAACAUAUUUGUCCUUUAGCUGCUAAAAACAAGCAUAUUAGAUUAAAAAGUUACUACACAGCAAGU